UGCCCGCGAAUCCGGUCGCAUCAGGCCGCGAAUAAGCCCUGGUCCAGGAAAUCAGCCCAGCGCCGAUGACUCGAGAGACUCGUCCGGUUUUUCACGACCUGAUUUUGACACUCCGACCGCGCACUAGCUCGCAAAAGUGUUCCGAACGAGCCGACCUCGCGAGCUCGGCACGGCGCUGCGGCUGACGUUCUUGGGGAUCUCUCGCAGCUGUCCGCUAUUCUAUAUUUUCUCUCACUUGUUUAAUUGACGAAAAUGGGUAGAUACUCGAAACAACCGUCGAACCCUCCCAAGUCCUGCAAGGCGCGCGGCUCCAACUUUCGUGUUCACUUCAAGAAUACCCAUGAAACGGCUCGUGCCAUCAAAGGCAUGCCUCUGAGGAGAGCUCAAAGGUACUUGAAGAACGUUGUUGAAUUCAAAGAAUGCGUACCCUUCAGGAGGUUUAAUGGUGGUGUUGGACGUUGCGCACAGGCCAAACAAUUUGGCACUACUCAAGGUCGAUGGCCCAAGAAAUCUGCCGAAUUUUUGCUGCACUUCUUGAAGAAUGCAGAGAGUAACGCCGAUUACAAAGGUUUAGAAGUUGAUAGGCUCGUUAUAGAGCACAUACAAGUCAACCAAGCUCCUUGCUUACGAAGAAGGACAUACAGAGCUCACGGUCGCAUCAAUCCUUACAUGAGCUCUCCGUGCCACAUAGAAGUCAUACUGACCGAGAAAGAAGAAGUCGUUGCUAAAGCUGCUGAAGAAGAACCUGCCAAGAAGAAACCUAGCAAAAAGAAGUUGGCCAGACAAAAGGAAAAGCUCAUGAUGGAAUAAACAGUUUGUUCCAAACAUAAGAUUAAAAUUUAAGAGGUACAUUUUACUUGGAAAUAAUAAAAAUCCAUUGUUCUUUUAA